CUAGGCUCUUUUUUAGGCAUUGGAAACUAAAUUUGUGUCACUUUGAAAAUAAAAAUGAGAAUUUCAUUUUGUAAAAUUUUCUUUUUGAGUUACCUACUAACAUAUGCAAAGUCAGAGGAACCACAUUGUUCAAAAUAUGAUUUUGAAGAGAAAGUUUUAGAGAAAAUGGUUCGCAUGGAAUUUCAAAUGGAGAGAAUGAAAUCUGAAAUGGAACAAACAGUGAAAAGUGUUGACCGACAACUGAAUGAAAUGGUUGAAAAACAGGCGAAACACUCGUUAAGCAUUAAAACAACACAGGAAAAGUUUGGUGAGACAAUCGAAGCACUACAAAACAAAACGUCAGAGAUCAUUGAUACAAAAUUAAAAGAACUGCAAAUUUUAAAAGAUCAGAUUGUGACACCAACUGUGGCAUUCAAGGCAAGACUAAAUGCUAACGCUGCCGCUCCUGCAGGUCAAGUAAUAGUGUUUCCUACAGUACUCUUCAAUGAAGGAGAUGUCUACAGCAGUCAGACAGGGAAAUUUACGGCCACAACAAACGGGACAUAUCUAUUUACCAUAGCAUUAUGUGUGCUCAAUAACAAAUAUUUGUACGUGAAUAUAAUGGUUGAUGGUGUAGCAUACACUAAGACAUACAUUAAAGACAACGAUGAUCUCGACUGUCAUACAGCUGACACUGUCGCUGUGUUAAAAGCUGGACAGAGUGUGUGGGUUCAGUCGUUUAGAAGUAGCUCUGGAACUGUAAUUUACCAUUCUUCUCCAGACUAUUGGAACACAUUUUCCGGAGUUUUACUCCAUAAAUAAACACAUUAUUUACUGCAUAGGAUGUAAUAUAAUUGUUAAAUGUUAUCAAACAUGUUUAUGAAACAAAUGAAAAGCGAUACCAUGGAUAGCUAUUAAACCUUUUACAUUCAUGAACUAGUUUAAAGACAUUUGAUAUUACUUAUUUGGUAUAAUUAUGUAAUAAUGUCUCAUUACCGUAUUAUCUCACUUGACAUGGUAAAUAAAGCAUCAGAUUAAUUAACAUCAUCGACUUAACAUGUAGAUAUAUUUGGACGAGUAAACAUAUAGCCGGAUAGACUUCAGAACUCUAGUUACGAACUCACAACGGUUCCAAGCUACAGCUUAAAGACAAUAACAUACACUUUGGCUUUUAUUUACAUGUGGCUUUUGUAUGAAAAUGAUUGGUUCUUUAAUCCUUUUGAUAAAAAAAAAAUGUUUUAGAAUGCAUGUAUCUUAUUACUGCUGGCACUGCUGCCAACAUUUAUAGAUAUGAAUGCAAGACGCUACCUAUAAAUAGGGCAGAUUGGCCUUAUUCUACCCCUUUUUAAUUACAAUUUUAUAUGACACAUGUACACGUGUAUUUAAAAUAAAAAAUACAACCCUUGUUAUACUUCAAAGUAUCAAAGAUAAGGUAGAAACAGAAAGCCCUUUUCAUUUUUUCUCGUUCACGCAAGAACCGUAGUUCUAAAGGUAAACGUCAUAUUUAUUUUGUAGUAGUUUGGUUUUAAAUGUAUGUUUUUAUGAAAAAUGAUGGCCAUAUUUAGUGUAUUAUAGUUUGUUAAAAUGGCUUUUUCGAUAACGUUCUUAUUUAGUAUAUAACAUUUUGUUUUAUAUGCAUGUUUUUUUUAUCGAAGGUAAUGGUCGUUUUAAGUAUGCAACAGUUUGCUUUAUAUGUUUGCUUUUUAUGAAAGAUAAACGGCAUAUUAAGAAUGUAGUAAUUUGACUUUAAAGAUUACCGUCAUGUUUCAUUUUACUUACUUUUUUCUUUCUUAAAUUAGAAUAACGUUUCUUUACACAAUCUUUUCUGAUAACUGUAUGAUUUAUAAAGUAAAAAUAGCAUUUUGUUAUUUACUUUUCUUUUUUUCUAUGUUUUUGUUCAAACUGUACUUUGGA